GGUCGCGCGGACGGCAGCGUGGGCCGUCGGUCCCGGCAGGUGGGCAGCUUCGGGCGGGCCUCUGACCCGGCGCUCGCGGCGCGCUCGGCUGUGCGCGUCUCCUGGCUCCCCAGCCCCACGUGCUCUGCAGGCCGCGCAGUUCUUCCAUUUUGAGGCAACUUGGAACCAGUGCAAUGGCGACCGCGGUGAGCAGGGCUCCCAAGAACGCUGACCUGUGGUCCUCGCAUGACAGAAUGCUGGCGCAGCCCCUGAAAGACAGCGACGUCGAGGUUUACAACAUCAUUAAGAAGGAGAGUAACCGGCAGAGGGUUGGACUAGAGCUGAUCGCCUCAGAGAAUUUUGCCAGCCGAGCAGUUUUGGAGGCCCUGGGCUCCUGCUUAAAUAACAAGUACUCUGAGGGGUACCCUGGCCAGAGGUAUUACGGCGGGACUGAGUUUGUUGAUGAGCUGGAGAUCCUCUGUCAGAAGCGAGCGCUGCAGGUCUACGGUCUGGACCCCCAGUGCUGGGGGGUCAACGUCCAGCCCUACUCGGGCUCCCCUGCCAACUUCGCAGUGUACACCGCCCUGGUGGAACCCCACGGGCGCAUCAUGGGCCUGGACCUGCCCGACGGAGGUCACCUGACCCACGGGUUCAUGACGGACAAGAAGAAAAUCUCUGCUACAUCCAUCUUUUUUGAAUCUAUGCCCUAUAAGGUGAACCCCGACACUGGCUACAUCAACUACGACCAGCUGGAGGAAAACGCCCGCCUCUUCCACCCGAAGCUCAUUAUCGCAGGAACCAGCUGCUACUCCCGAAACCUGGACUACGCUCGACUGCGGAAGAUUGCCGAUGACAACGGGGCGUAUCUCAUGGCCGACAUGGCGCACAUCAGCGGGCUGGUGGCGGCUGGCGUGGUGCCCUCCCCCUUCGAGCACUGCCACGUGGUGUCCACCACCACCCACAAGACCCUGCGAGGCUGCCGCGCGGGCAUGAUCUUCUACAGGCGAGGAGUGCGCAGCACGGACCCCAAAACCGGCAAAGAGAUUCUGUACAACCUGGAGUCGCUCAUCAACUCUGCUGUGUUCCCAGGGCUGCAGGGCGGGCCCCACAACCACGCCAUUGCUGGGGUGGCCGUGGCUCUGAAGCAGGCCAUGACUCCAGAGUUCCGGGUGUACCAGCAGCAGGUGGUGGCCAACUGCAGGGCGCUGGCUGAGGCCCUGACGGAGCUGGGCUACAAAAUAGUAACAGGUGGUUCUGACAACCAUUUGAUCCUCGUGGAUCUCCGUUCCAAAGGCACAGAUGGUGGCCGGGCUGAGAAGGUGCUAGAAGCCUGUUCUAUUGCUUGCAACAAGAACACCUGCCCAGGUGACAGAAGCGCCCUGCGGCCCAGUGGACUGCGACUGGGGACCCCAGCACUGACGUCCCGAGGACUUCUGGAAACAGAGUUCCAGAAAGUAGCCCACUUUAUUCACAAAGGGAUAGAACUGACUCUGCAGAUUCAGAAGGACGUUGGGGACAAGGCCAGCCUGAAGGAGUUCAAGGAGAAGCUAGCGGGGGAUGAGCGGCACCGUGGGGCCGUCCGAGCCCUCCGGGAGGAGGUGGAGAGCUUCGCGUCUCUCUUCCCUCUGCCCGGCCUGCCGGACUUUUAGAGGAGCCACCGGCUGCACCUGCCCCACUGGGAGCGUCAGGACCAAGGACACAGUGCCCUUGAGAAGCACCACCCCACACGGGCCUGGUCAACUUCUGGGUGCUCUCCGCAGAGGUUUCUUUGGGACUUUUCUCAUGUUAUCUUCACAAAUCAAAAUCUGCUAAAGGCCCACUGUUAGUAAUUCUGGGACCAAUUAAGGAGUAUAAAUCUAAACCUCACUUUCUCACAGCUCUGUUACAGUUCCUCUGUAAAAAUGAAAUCCUACUUAGCCUUCAUUCACUGAGACAGUGGGGCGGGGCAGAGCUAGGGGAAUGAUUCCAGGACCUUCACUUACCCUUCUGUCAGUAUUGGGCUUCCUCUGACGCACUGCAGCAGCGAAGAAACACCCAAGCUCGUAGCUUGUUCCCCGUGGGACAGCAAAGGAAACUGACCCAUGACCUUACAACCGCAGAGGGAAACCUGACCCUUCUGCUCUGUGCUGGCUCAGAAUUCUCAGAGGUGCCCCAGGCUGCGGGUUCCGAGUAGCAGCCCUGCACGCCGCGGCCGUGGUCUUCGCCCUGCAGCUGGGCAGGUGGGAGCGCCUAGGGUUCGCAGCCUCCUGCGGAGCCUCAUCCAGGGACCUUCGUCCUGCGAGAGAACUCCCUCCUGUGAUCAAGAAGCCGACUGUCACCUUCCCAGAGAAACUUUAUUUUUCAUAAAGCUGAGGUGCAAAACAUAAAUGACCAUUUUUAAUAAGCACAAAUUUUUAACCACAGAAUGUCUACAAGAAUUACAGCUUUAAAAAAUACAACCCAUUUUUAUAUUUCAAAAAUAACUCAAAUAAAUUAAUUUCUUAAAAAGUA